AUGCUGUGGCUGCUGGUGCUGAGUCUCUCCUGCUUGGGGGGCACCCUUGCUGGAACCCCAGCCCCUGUCCCCGAGAAUGAUCUGGUGGGCAUCGUCGGGGGCCACAGUGCUGCCCCGGGGAAGUGGCCCUGGCAGGUCAGCCUUCGAGUCUACAGCUAUUACUCUGCUUCCUGGGUGCACAUCUGUGGGGGCUCCCUCAUCCACCCCCAGUGGGUGCUGACGGCUGCCCACUGCAUCCAUCGGAAAGAUGCUGACCCGUGGGCCUUCCGAAUCCACAUCGGCAGUGUGUACCUCUAUUCUGACAAGCUGCUGUUGAACCUGAGUCAGAUCAUUGUCCACCCAGACUACGUGCAGGCUACUCUGGGCGCUGACCUCGCCUUGCUCAAGCUGGAGACCCCUGUGAAACUGUCUGAGAACACCAGGCCAGUCCGCCUCCCGACCAACUCUCAGGCGGUCUCUUCCAAUAACCUGUGCUGGGUGACUGGGUGGGGCCGCAUUUCCAUGUAUGAAGACCUGCCCCCACCUUACCGCCUGCAGCAGGUGAAGGUCCGGAUGGUGGAGAAUUCUCUCUGUGACAAACAGUACCACAGCAUCUACUGGUACCAGCAUCGGGAGAAGAUCAUCCAAGAUGACAUGGUGUGUGCAGGGAGUGAGGGCCGAGACUCCUGCCAGGGCGACUCUGGAGGCCCUCUGGUCUGCAAGAUGGCGGGUUCGUUGCAGCUGGUUGGAGUUGUUAGCUGGGGCUAUGGCUGCGCCCUACGCAACUUUCCUGGGGUGUAUGCCCAUGUCCAGACCUACCUGCCUUGGAUCCAACAACAGAUCAGCAGGCUACCUUGA